AUGACUAUUCAUCUAUUGUAUUUUCAUGCAAAUAGGGGGCAAGAAAACUCUAUGGAAAGAUGGUGGUUUAAUUCGAUGUUGUUUAAGAAGGAGUUCGAACGCAGGUGUGGGCUAAAUAAAUCAAUGGGCAGUCUUGGUCCUAUUGAAAAUACCAGUGAAGAUCCAAAUCGAAAAGUGAAAAACAUUCCCAGUUGCAGUAAUGUUGAUUAUUUAUUCGGCGUUAAAGACAUUCGGAAUUUCAUCUCUGAUGACACUUUUGUAGUUAGUGAUAGGAAUGGAGACAGUUAUUCCAUCUAUUUUGAUAUUGAAAAUCAGAUUUUUGAGAUUGACAACGAUCAUUCUUUUCUGAGUGAACUAGAAAGUUCUUUUUAUAGUUAUCGAAACUCGAGUUAUCUGAAUAAUGGAUUUAGGGGCGAAGAUCCCUACUAUAAUUCUGACAUGUAUAAUACUCAAUAUAGUUGGAAUAAUCACAAACAUAGUUGCAUUGAUAAUUAUCUUCAGUCUCAAAUCUGUAUAGAUACUUCCAUUAUAAGUGGUAGUGAGAAUUACAGUGACAGUUACAUUUAUAGGGCCCUUUGUGGUGGUGAAAGUCAAAAUAGUAGUGAAAACGAGGGUUCCAGUAUACAAACUCGCACAAAGGGCAGUGAUUUAACUAUAAGAGAAAGUUCUAAGGGCAGUGAUUUAACUAUAAGAGAAAGUUCUAAUGAUCUCGAGGUAACUCAAAAAUACAGGCAUUUGUGGGUUCAAUGCGAGAAUUGUUAUGGAAACAAUUAG